AUGACAAUGGUUGACACAAACAUAAAAGAUGAAAGCCCAAAAUCAAACUUAAGUCCUCAAAAGGAUGUAGAUCAAUCAGUUAUUCCACUGUCAUCUACAUCAAAAGAAGAAGAAGAAGAAGAAAAAGAAGAAGAAGAGGUUGAAGAAGAAGAAGAAGAAGAAGAAGAAAAAGAAGAAGAAGAAGAAGAAGAGGUAGAAUAUUAUGAAGAAGAGAUAGAAGAAGAAGAAGAAGAAAAAGAAGAAGAAGAGGUAGAAUAUUAUGAAGAAGAGAUAGAAUAUUAUGAAGAAGAGAUAGAAUAUGAAGAAGAAGAAAAAGAAGAGGUAGAAUAUGAAGAAGAGAUAGAAUAUGAAGAAGUGAUAGAAUAUGAAUUAGAUGAAGAAACAAACAAGGAAAGUGUUGUGAAAGAAGAUGAGAAGAAAGAUAAAGAAUCACAAAACAGUGAGGAAUUAAAUGAGAAUUUAGAGAGUAAAGAAAAGAGAGGUAGAUAUAGGGACAAGAACAAGAACACAAAGACGAGUGUUGUGAAUGGAGAUAAUAAACCAUAA